UUCUGGUCAAAGCAUACUCCCCCAAUUUGGUUCCCACCAUGUCGUCGGUGAUCUCGACCUCCACGUAUUCCUUUCCGUUGUGUAUUUGGAAUUGCAAGCCCACAAACUGUGGUAAGAUGGUGCAACUUCUGGCGUUGGUUCUUAUGGGUGUGCCGUUCUUGAUAGCGUCAGCAAUGGGCAAAGGCACCACGUGGGGGCCCUUCCACACGGAUCUUCUGAGGAGUGAUAUAGCUGGUCUCAUGCUGGAUGCUUGGAGCUCGUCUUCGCCUGGAAGUGAUAUGGCCACUGGAGUUGGUCGCAGUGAAAUUUUUGGACACUAGCCCAGCACGUGACGCGAGGACGAUUUAGAAAGCUGUGAUGAGAUGAGUGAGAAAGCCCACCAGUGAUGUUCGGGGCACGGUUUGAUCCCAAUCAGGGCACGGGCACGGCCCAGCCAAGGGCCAAGGUCGUGUUGAAGAGACGACGCGAGAGCACCGACAGUGACAGCGAAAGCGAAAGCGAGUCAGAGAAACCAGAAAAUGAUAACCAAGAUGACAGUGACAGUGACAGUGAUAGCGACAGUGAGCAGUCUUCGAGCAGCAAUUCCUCUUCCAGCAGCUCCUCCAGCGACUCAGAAUCAUCAGACUCGAGUGACUCGAGCGAAUCCAGCGAAGCCACCCCCGAUGAGGACACAGAAAUGGCAGAUGCCGAUCCCAGCCAAGACCAGGACACCGCCAUGGACGAAGUUGUUGCGGAAGCAAGCCAAGAACUGGCUGAAAUGGACGAAGAUUCGACAGAAAAUCCAGAAGUCUCGAAACAUCUGUCGAUCUUCCUGAAAUUUCACAAAUCGGUUCAGAAACCCACAGAAAACGAUCUGGACUCGUCCGACGAAGAGCCACAGGAGCCCACCCAAGAUCUCAAGCCCUUGCCACAGCCAGAAUUGCCCAGAGACAAGCGGUUGAGCUCGACCACCACCCAUCUCAAGAAUCUAGACUGGUUGACAGAGCCAAUCUACUCGUCCACUACCAACACCAAGCCAUUCAGUGAAUUUGCAUUAUCGCCGUUCAUGGCCAAGAACCUCGAGAGCUUGAACUUCAAGGAAGCCUUUUCAGUCCAGAUCGAAGUGUUGUCCUUGCUUCUCAACGAUAUCAGCCAGAACCGUAUCAAGCCUGACUUGCAAGGAGAUUUGUUGGUCAAUGCCAGUACAGGUUCAGGUAAGACUUUAGCAUACCUGAUCCCCAUCAUAGAGGAUUUGAGCACCAGAAUUGUUCCCAGAGUGAGAGCCAUUAUUUUGGUGCCCACAAAACCAUUGAUUAACCAAGUCAGAGCCACUUUGGCCAGUCUCAGCAAAGGUACCAAUCUUCUGAUCACCAGCUUGAAGAACGAUAUUUCCAUCAGGGAGGAGGGAUCCAAGUUGACUGCCAACGAGCCAGACAUCAUCAUUUCUACCCCCGGUAGAUUGGUCGAACACCUCUUGGAUGGGACCAUCAGCUUAAAAUCGCUCAAGUACUUGGUGAUUGAUGAAGCAGACAGGUUGUUGAACCAGUCUUUCCAGGGUUGGGCGAAGGUGGUGAUCUCCAAGCUCGAAGAAACCAAGGACAUAUCGAAGGAAUGGAAAAUUGCCCCUAAAAAGUUGAUAUUUUCUGCCACAUUAACCACUGAUUCCGGUAAAUUAUCGGCCUUGAAAUUCCAACAACCCAGAUUGGUGAUUAUCAACGACCGCAAGCAGUUGGUGAACGAGAUUUUCAAUGUCCCUGCCCAAUUGAAUGAAUACAAGAUCCAAUUCGGUGUUGCUAAGGCAUCUUUGAAACCAUUAAUUUUGGCCAAGUUUUUGAUCAACUACGGCAAGUUGUCGAAUGUGUUGAUCUUCACCAAAUCAAACGAAGCUUCCUUGAGAUUGUCGAAAUUGCUUCAAUUAUUGUUGACCAAGAUAUAUCCUAACAGGGACUUCGAAGUAGCAUACAUCAAUUCCACAAACAACAAGACCUCGGUCAGAGCCAAGAUCCUCAAGCAGUUCAGCACCCAAAAAGUGAAUGUUUUGGUGGCCACCGACUUGAUUGCCAGAGGUAUCGAUAUUCUCAGCAUCACCGAUAUCAUCAACUACGACUUGCCAAACUCGUCAAGAGAGUAUGUCCAUAGAGUUGGUCGUACUGCGAGAGCCAACCAGGCUGGUAACGCUUACAACUUCUGUGUGGGUAAAGGUGAAAGCAAAUGGUUCAGAACAUUUAUGAAGGAUGUUGGUAGAGGAGAAAAGAAAAUAGAAGACUUGGAGAUGGAUAUCAAGCAGAUUGUUACUGAGAAUGACGAAGAUAUAUAUAGGGAUUGCUUAGGAGAAUUGGAAAAGGAGGUUUUCAAUAGAGCCGAUGCAAAGCCAAGCGAAUAGCCACCUGGGGGUCAUUCUGUAUUUUAGCAUAAUUAUACGAAAACGUUAUCAACUGUAGGUAGUUCACCGAGGCUCUAACUUGUAACUUUAUUGCUUCGAGCUUCCUGUCUUUGAACUCUAGAUCAUAGUUUUUGCUGAGAUAUUUUUUUUGAUUUGGAGCGAAGGAUCCGGGAGUCAAUGAGUUUUAAGGUUUGAUAACUGAGUGCUAUGUAGGUUGACUCGGCUUGCAAUUCCUUAAGAAGUUAAGUUUACUGAAAUUAUGUCACUUUCCUGGUAAUAAGGCUGCUCGUAGCAGACUGUGGUUAUUUAACCAAAGCGAACAUAAAUUCUAGCGUUAGAAGAGGAAUGCAUCGACUGUCACUUAAUUGGGG